AUGUAAAUAGGUAUGGAGAACGGGCCGGAGCACACCAACAGAGCCGCACCGCCACGGAGAAUCGAAUAAACAGAUCAGAAAGGGCUGAAGGUGAAAAGGAUCAAUUUACAAACAGGACUAUAGUAACAGGGAAAAAGAAACGAAGAAUUUGAACAAAGGAAAUAAGGGGAUAAUGGGCACAAAGGAAACUACCAAAAGAGAAAAAACAGUAUGUAUGCGGGAACAAACGGGGCUGGUACAAUAUGUAGAAAAACCGAUGGCUGCAAGCAACAGAAGAGACGAAUGCUGCGUGGGUAUCACGGGGUAUCCAAAUAACCGCUCUUGCUGGGUCAAUGCUGGAAUCCAAGAGUCUAGUCGCACUCGAGCCUUUUCUCCAAGAUGGAACGCAUUUGACCGAGAUACGUCUCGAUCCGUCGGUUCGGCCAGCUUUGAUGGGAUCCUUGGGUGUGGGCGUGGAUGUCACAACGUUUUUUUGGGGGAGCCUCCUGGACUAGUUCAUAACGUUCAAUCCCUGCAUCGCAAGAAGCAAGCCCGAGAGCUCGAAUUGCCCGUCGUUCUUAGUUCUUCUACCACGGUGACCAACUUUGGCGACUGAUUGGCGAUUAAUAGAAGAUCGUCUGAUGCGUCAGUCGAUCAGAAAGG